AUUAACUCUUUUAUAUCACCAUACACAUGCAUAACACAUUCUCACAAAUUAAUUAAAUUUCCUCAACUAAAGUCCCAAUUACAUAUGGCUUCAUCAACAUCUUCUAAGAGGCACCCGGUGUACCAUGGAAUCCGUUGCCGCGGAGGGAAAUGGGUGUCCGAGAUUCGUGAGCCGCGAAAGGCGUCGCGAAUAUGGCUGGGAACGUUCCCCACGGCGGAGAUGGCGGCGGCUGCCUAUGAUGUGGCGGCGUUGGCAUUGAAAGGUCACGACAAUGCUGUUCUCAACCUCCCUGGCCUGAUGGGAAUGUAUCAGAUGCCUGUGACUAACUCUCCUGCUGACAUCCGCAGCGCCGCCACCGCGGCAGCGGAACUUAUGAAGAAUGGUGGCGUUGAAGAAGAAGAAGAAGAAGGUUCCGGCCACGAUGUAUCGAUGAAUGUGAUGAGUGAGGCUGCUGCUGGUUCAAGUUCGUUAUGGUUUGAGAGUGAUUUCAUGGAUGAGGAAGCGAUAUUCAGGAUGCCGAGCUUGCUGGUGGACAUGGCUGGCGGAAUGCUUCUGUCACCGCCCAGAAUGAGCCCACAACACUCGCCGGAGAGGCAAGCUGGAGAAACUCUGUGGAGCUAUUUUUGAUCCGUAAUUAGGUGUGUUCAUUUACUUAGUUUAUGCAGAUUAAUUACAUAAUUAAAUUUAAAUUAAGAAAAUGUGGCUUUCUUCUGAACAUUCAAUUCUAUAAUUAUGUCCUACUAUUCUACUAAAUGUGUGUAUCAGUAUUAAUUUCAAUGCUACAGUGAGUUCGAUCGAGUUCUUCCUAGAAGAAGUAAUUGGUAUCAGAAUUUGUUUUUGUACGUUUUACAAUUUUUAAAGCGUUUAAUUUAUAAGCUUUUAUAUCAA